UCGAAGACACAAAAUGGAGUUGACGCUACCUGGCUGAGGAAGUCCAGUGGCGCUCAAUAUAAUGCUUUACCUGAAGUUUUUGUUUGUGUGUUAGAUAAAUUAAUAGUAGUUACAUCGACUGAGACACCUUGAAGAGAGGAUUCAAAAUGUUUUGGAGGCUAAUAUUCGCCGCUUUAAUGGCAACAGAGUCCACUGUGGCCAUUUCAGUGCAGUGCCCUACGAAGAGGUACAUCGUCAUCCUCUUCCAGCCUGUCACCCUCACCUGUAACUACCAGACAACCGCGACUCAGUCUCCUGUUGUCACAUGGACAUACAAAUCAUAUUGCCGGGACCCCGUCCAGGCUGCACUGAAUCCCAGCAGCGCAGAUAACAUCCUGUCUCAGAACAACCCCAACUAUGACCCCAACAUCGAGUGUGCCGACAGCCAGAGGACGGUGCGCAUCGUGGCCUCCAAGCAAGGCAGUGGCGUUUCCCUCGGCACGGAGUACCAGGGCCGCAAGAUCAGCAUCAUGAACAACGCUGAUCUGAACAUCGCACAGACCGCAUGGGGCGACAGUGGCGUCUAUAUCUGUUCUGUGGUCUCGUCACAAGACCUUACAGGGAACGGCCAAGACUACACAGAGCUUAUUGUCCUCGAGAGAAAGUCAAAUACUACUGACCUCCUGCCUGGCAUUGACUUACUGGUCAUGGAAGACUGGCUCCUGGUUGUUUUGGUGGUGUUGGGCUUCCUGUUGCUGCUGAUGCUGAUUGGGAUCUGCUGGUGUCAGUGCUGUCCACAUACCUGCUGCUGCUACGUCAGCUGCCCCUGCUGUCCAGACCGCUGCUGCUGUCCACGAGCACUGUAUGAGGCGGGAAAAGCAGUGAAGAAAGGUCUGCCCAGUCAAUAUGCUCCCACCCUCUAUGCUCCCAGCAUGUAUGCUCAGCCUGCAUACAGUGGCCCCUUAAUGAACCAGCCUGUCAUGCCUCUGCUUCCUCUACCCAACGGAGCUGGACCCCCACCUCCCCACAACGGCUACAGUCGUGAAUAUGACGGCGCCAGUUCAGUUGGACAUGGCUCCCAGGUGCCUUUGCUGCACGACCAAGACGGCGGCGGAGACCACACUCGCAGUGGGUAUCGUAUCCAGGUGGACCCUGAUGGGAACGCCACACGUGCCAUUUACUAUAUGGAGAGGGAGCUGGCCAAUUUGGACCCAUCAAGACCUACCAACUACAACCGCUUGGAAAAUAUGAGUGAAGUCAGCUCCCUGCAUGAUAGCUUGGAGCCUCGAGGCCGGGGGGGUCGUUCCCAACCUCCACCUUUGGCCACGGUCUAUGACCAGGAUGAAGCGAUGAGCACCAUCAGCAGUGUUUCGCAGCACGGCCGCCGUCGUGAUGACCACCCACGCCGCGGGGGAGGCCAAAUGGGGGGUCAUGUACGCGCCCGCUCCAUGGACAACCUCGAUGAUAUCGGACGCCGCUACGACCGAGACAACUACUCACCACACCGCCGCCCAGAUGAGCCCAGAGGAAGGAGAGGGUCUGAUGAUGAGUGGAGCAGCAGCGCCCGCAGCGGUUACAGCCGAGACUAUGAUGACCGCAGGCGUCGAGACUACUCCCCUGACGGUCGUCGAAGAGGAGAGGGAGGAGCCUACAGUGGCCUCGCAGGGAGACGCAGCCGCAGCCGUGAUGAUCUGAUGGACCUGGAGAGGGAUCGCCGACGUGGCGGUGGAGCCAGGGGCGGGCGAGAUGAUUAUGACGACAGCUUCUUGCGAGAGGCUAUGGAGAGGAAGAAGAUGGGCGAGCAGCAGCGGGCACGCAGCCGGGAGCGCCUGGACAGCGAGAGUGACCGCUCGGAUCGGGGGAGGGCACCUCGCGGUGCCCCCCCUCUUCCUCUCACCCCGCCCUCUGGAUACCUGGGUCGCCGUGGUGACUACCCACCUCCUCCGCCACCACCGUACAGUGAAGAUGAAAGUGUGUCAUCUUCAAAGAAAAGCAACCUCCGCAAGAAUGGAGCUGUGAGUCGGGAGAGCCUGGUUGUGUAACCAUGACGUGAACAACCUGUCCAAUGAUGCAGCUUUGAUGCACCUAAAAUAAAGGACCAGAUGAUUUCUAAGACUAAAUAUUAGUCACACUGCUGAUUUUUAUAUUGCAUAAUUUACAGUAAACUUAUUACAAAUUGAUGCUAAAUGUGUAUGUAUACUUUUCUAACAGGAAGAAGGUUCAUAGAUGAAAUUUUAUGUGCCUUUUCAUAUAUAAAAGAUUGUGGCUGCCACAAGUGCCUUAGAGUGUACAGAAUUUAACAGGUAGAUUUGAAAGUGAAAUUGUUGCAUAAUUCUGUGUAAAAUUGUUCAUGUAAACCUGCUCCAGCAGUGCUUUAAACGUUCAGCUGAUACAGGUACUCGUGUAGAGUUGUAGGGGUUUGUGGGCUUUUGUGUUUGUUUUGUUUUAAUUUUGCUUGUGAAAAUUGUUUUUAUAAGAGAAGCUGCUGCUUUCAGUUGUGUUGGAGUGAGCUCCAGGCUUUUAGUCUCAGAAAAAAUGUGUUUUUGUAUUUUUGUUCUUUGUUUUCUUUUCUUUUUUUUAUACAGACUUUCAGUUUUAACCUAUAGUAUAUUGUACAGCCAAGCAGUAGUAGGCUCAUAAUAUGCAAAUUAUGUCAUGAAACCUAAUUUUACAAUAAAGGUCUCCAUUGCCAGGCCA